AUGGAAACAACACAGCAGCAUGCGACCACGACGACGAAUCAACCACACCUGCAUGUCAAACAACAAGCACCACAAGCCACCACCUCACCCAUCCGUAUCCGUCACCACUCUCUCCCUCCUCUUCACCUCCACCUGCUCACCCACCUCCCCGACGCCCGCGGUAUUAACAGCCGGUCCAAGCCCAAACACCCGCCUCGGCACCUCACUCCUCUCACUGACGUUCACAUUCAAAGUGGGCCGCCGAGGCCGCUGCAUCCCUCUCGCCCGGCCCCCGACGACAGGGAACUCGUACGUCCCCAUCCGCCAUAUAUACAGCAGCACAUCGAAGACGAUCAGCGCCGCCCAGGGGAAGAUGGUGACGAUGCCGAGGAAGACCUGAACCCGGCCACAACAUUAGCAUUAGCAUUACGUCCACUCAGCGCAGUUCUCAGGAGCGCGUGGGGGAGGGGGGGCAAGGCGUACGAAGAUCCGAGCGGCCCAGCUCUCGACGUAGAUUAA